CGUACAUCGGAAGUGCUACGACAUUUCUGUGUUUGGGGCCAAUUUGCCAUCAGAAGUUGUUUGUAUCGCUGUGGUGAGCACGUGACAACCUUUAAAACAUUACCGUUUCUUAAAUUUGAGUGUCUGGACAUGCCGAAAGUCGUGUCACGAAGUGUGGUGUGCUCGGACACCAGGGACCGGGAGGAGUAUGACGACGGAGAAAAGCCUCUUCACGUUUACUACUGCCUGUGCGGUCAGAUGGUUUUAGUUCUGGACUGCCAGCUUGAAAAACUGCCCAUGAGGCCUCGAGACCGAGCUAGGGUGAUCGAUGCGGCUAAACACGCUCACAAGUUCUGUAACGUGGAAAUGGAAGAAAACGCGUACAUAAAGAGAGCCGAGGGCAUCGAGAGACAGUACCGUAAGAAAUGUGGAAAGUGCGGGCUGCUGCUCUUCUACCAGCACCAGGAGAAAAACAAUCCCGCCACCUUCAUCGUGGACGGAGCCGUUGUGAAAUUCGGACAGGGCUUCGGUAACACGAGCGUCUACAGCCAGAAGCAGCCAGAGGCUCCGAAGAAGGUGCGCGUGAUGAUGACCAAGAGGACCAAAGACAUGGGCAAGUUUAGCUCCGUCACCGUCUCCACCAUCGACGAGGAAGAAGAGGAAAUCGAAGCCAGGGAGGUGGCGGAUUCGUACGCCCAAAAUGCCAAGGUGAUUGAGAAGCAGCUGGAGAGGAAGGGCAUGAGCAAGAGGAGGCUGCAGGAGCUGGCAGAGCUGGAGGCCAAGAGGGCGAAAAUGAAAGGCACGCUCAUCGAUAACCAGUUCAAAUAGAUCCAGGAUCAUCUGGGAGAUUCAGCAGCUUCUCCAUCUGACAGGACAACAAACAGGACAUAUGUCUGUCAUUUUUAGUUCAUUUCUAACAUUAUUUUUUCUGUAAUUAAAGAGAAAAUAAACAUUUAUGGCAUUUUUUGAAAAAAUUAUGGAACAUUUGUGUUUUUGUUUGGUGUAAAGAGCAGAAGUCUUCACCUGUCUGGCAUUUUAAAUAACCUUCCCCAAGUCAGCCACAACUUCUUGGAAAAACGGCACCAAACAAUUUGUAUUCAGAUAAAAUUAUUUGCAGCUCGUUAAUUUUACUGCCCCCCCAGUUCUGAAAACUUGUCAUGUAUUUUGUAGGAAUUUGCAUCAUCCUUACAGGACAGUUGGCGCCACAUUUAAUCCUUUCAUGCAGGAUUUUUUUU